GCGGCUGAGGGCAUCCCGGCGCGCAUGCGCUGUGGCGCGGGGGCGGGGCGGGGGACGUUAUAGCGGUUCUGCCCCGGUACUGGCUGUGCUUCCUCGCUCAUCAUGGACGAACAGAGAGAGACCCUGCAGAGGAUUGUCUCUACUCUAGCGAACAAAAACGAUGAAAUUCACAACUUCAUUGACAUGCUGAACCAUACAAUAAAAAAUGUUCAGAUAAACUCUUCUAAUGCAAUCAGCGAGCUGGAUGAAGAAUUUGAUGGUCUGUAUUCUGUUUUGGAUGAGAUGAAGGGGAGUAUGACCAACACUAUUCAGCAAGAGGAGGCUUCUAAAAUUCAAGCCCUACAGGAUCAGCUUAGCCAGUGUAAUGAUGCCCUAGAGAGUUCUGAAGAGCUGCUGGAACUUGCUGUGCAGUCACUGGACAUAAAGGACCAUGAGGAAUUCUUGAAGACUGCCAGACAGAUCAAAGAUAGAGUUACAAUGGCUUCAGCGUUCCGCAUUUCUCUGAAACCAAAGGUCAGUGAUAGUAUGUCUCAUUUGAUGGUGGACUUCACUCUGGAAAGGCGCAUGCUCCAGGCUGUAAAGUUUUUGCCAGUCCCUAAAGCUCCAGAGAUAGAUCUAGCAGCAUGUCUGGUUGCUGAUAACUGCAUAACAGUAGCAUGGAGAAUGCCUGAAGAAGACAGUAGAGUUGAUCAUUUUAUACUAGAGUAUAAGAAAACCAACUUUGAUGGGCUUCCACGAGUAAAAGAUGAACAACGUUGGGAACUCAUAGACUAUAUUAAAGCCACUGAAUAUACAUUGUCAGGACUGAAAUUUGAUACGAAAUACAUGAACCUGAGAGUACAAGCCUGCAACAAAGCUGUGGCAGGGGAAUACUCUGAUCCUGUGACUCUGGAAACCAAAGCUUUUGUGUUCAGUUUGGACAGUACUUCAUCUCAUCUGAACUUGAAAGUUGAAGAUACCUAUGUUGAAUGGGAUCCUACAGGAGGCAAAGGCCAAGAAAAAAUAAAAGGGAAAGAAAAUAAAAGCAGUGGCCAGAAUCCUCUGCUGAAGAGCAAUAGAAGAAGUAGUACGUUGUCUCCAAAGAGGACAUCUAUAAGCUCAAGAUCCUCAGCGAGGGGCAGCAGAGAUCGUUUUAUUGGUGAAUCGUACACAGUGUUGGGAGAUACUGCUAUUGAAAGUGGACAGCAUUACUGGGAAGUGAGAGUUCAGAAGGACUGCAAAUCCUACAGUGUGGGAGUAACUUACAGAAACCUGGGGAAAUUUGACCAACUGGGAAAGACUAAUUCAAGCUGGUGCAUUCAUAUCAACAACUGGCUGCAAACCACGUUUUCAGCAAAACAUAAUAAUAAGACCAAGAUUCUCGAUAUACCUGUUCCAGACAGAAUAGGAGUGUAUUGCGACUUUGAUGGAGGUCACCUUGCAUUUUAUAAUGCAAACUCAAAGGAGCUGUUACACACCUUCAGAACAAAGUUUACCCAGCCGUUACUGCCAGGCUUCAUGAUCUGGUGUGGUGGGCUUACUGUGAAUACUGGAUUGCAGGUGCCAAGCCCUGUGAAAACACUCCAGAAAAAUGAAAAUGGAUUGAGUGGUUCAACAAACAGCCUAAACAAUAUUGCCUAGUAACAUCUAUUAAAGUCUUCUGUUGCUGAAUGUUUCUUUUUUUCUGUUUAGCUGCUACAGAAGCUUGUGAGUAUUGGAUUGAAGUGGGUUUGCUACCUGUUGCUGUAGUAAGGCCUGGGUACUGAUAGUGCAAAUGUUUGGGGCUGAAGAGUUAGGUACCUACUGACGAUUCUGAGAGAAGACGGAACUGUUGCCUAUUUGAAAAGUAAGUGGGAAAAUCAAGAGCUGUAACUAUGUACUUUUCUACUACUGUAUUUAAGUAUUUUAUUAUGGACUUGAAUAUUAAUUUUGUUACAAAUAUUAUUUCUCUAUAAAGAAUAUAACAAAUACCAUUUCCUUAGCUCUCGUAAAAUGAAUUACUUGACUGUGUAUUUUGUUACUGAGCUUCCCAGUAGAACUUGUGAUAUCAAACGUGCAUUUCAGAAUAAUAUUGAUUUGCUCACCUAGCCUUGCAAAAUAUCAGAGCAUAUAUGAUUUCGAAAGAAUAUCAUAAGAAGUUUUAGUCCUGAUAUAAAGAAAUACUAAAAACAGUCUGAUUUUUCUUCUGAUAAAAAGUCAUCCCAUUUCUGAGUAACUCAUUUCAUAGAAUCCUAGAAUACCAGGUUUUCAGUUUUGUGGCAUUAUUCUAAUUGGCUUCUUAUAAUCAGCAGUUCACAUUGUUAAUCAGAUUUGAGUUACAAAUGUGAAUGAGAAAUUGAAUCUUUGUCUGCAGGUAGCAAAGUUGCAAUGCAGUUGAAGCUGGGAACAAGUGUAUGAGAGCUUCAGUUCAGAUGCAUCUCCAUGGAGAAGAUGUGGGGGUAGGGCAGCUAUUGCUAAAACAUCUUACAGCUUUUUCUUAAGCCAUCUUCAGAGCUGGCUAAGACUUCUCAAACAUCUGUGUCAAGCUGGCUUUGAGCCACCUGUAUCUAAGCUGGCUUUGAGCAGAAGCAGCACUGAAUUCCUGGUGAUAGGGUGGUACUGUCUGGGCCCAGGCACACAUUUUUGCUAGCUGUUUUGACUAGCCUAGUGAGGAUUCCUGGAACUUUCUGGAUAACCAGAGAAGUCAAAAAAGUUGCAUGAUUUCUGUAUCCAGCAGUAAUGUAGAAUAUAUAUAGAGCAUCCACUUUUAACUUGGUAGCCUUGUAUCGUAUGCCAUGUAUAUGUAGCUAUGAGACUACCUUUCAGCAGAUUAUAUUCUAAAGGAUCUCUUUAUGGGCUCCAACUUAACCCUUUCCCCUUUUUAAGGGCAAGGAAAAAGUGGGAAGUGAGAAAAUGGUUUGCCAGGUAACAUACAGUUUACUUUUGGAUCUGUGGUUAUAGAUUUUCAUUCACAAAUCAAAUGAAAUGUUGAGCCUGGCUGUUCCUUCAUCUCAGCUCUUAGUUGGAAGCUUAGUAAUAAUCGUUUAAUGACUCAAAUUAGUGGGAGAGCUAAAAAAAAAAUUCAUGUUAUAUUCUUUAUGGAAAAAUCUUACUUUUCAGUGGGAAUUACUUGUGUAUUACAGACUGUUGAAAUCUGCUUUCUCUCUUCUAAUGAAGUCCAGGAGCCUAGAAGUAAUUUUCAGAUAAUACUUGAAUCAACUGUUUCUUAACUGAGGAUUUUUUCCUAGUAUCACCUGAAAGCUGUUUCAAAUUCACACUGAUAGGGUCUAUCAUGAAUUGGCUCCUUUCCUGCAGCGCCAAGGUACUUUUUCUUCUGUACGUCUCUUAGUCUGUAAAGACAUGACCAUCUAAUCAUGUGAAAUCUUGUUAGUAUCAGUGGGUCCUUUGUCUCCAUCAAGGUUUCUCAAGAGAAGGAGAAAUUCCUUGAAACAACUCAUAAUAAACUGGUUAUUAUGUUCAGUGGAAAACUUAAAUUUUCUUCAUAAUUUCAGUAUUUGCUCUAGAAAGUUUUGUUUCUCUUGAGAAAUUGUGAAGUUGACAGGAUGGUUAGCCCUUAAUGUUCAUUUAAUAUUGGAACUUAAGCAUCUUUAAAUAUUUGUUUUGUGAACAACAGUAGCUGUAAUCUGUUUUGCAGAGGAAAGUGCAAAGCCAUUCCCAGUUUAACUGUACCUUCCUUGGCCAGUUUAGUGUUUUGGGUCUUGAAACAAAGAUACUGGAAGGUGACAUGUUUUUUAAAUGAACAGCAUCUGAAUCUGUUUCACGUAUAAUUUAUGGAAUGUUAUUAUCCAAGUAGUCUGUGUAGUAAUCUUAAAUUUUUCUUCCUCACUUCUUCCCUUUGUACUGCAGUGAACAUGUCUGGCAUUUCUAGGGGCUCAGCUACUGGAGUUCAGUUGUAUAUGAGAGAGUGAGACCUGUGUGCUUGGAACCUGGUGGUAUUUAGCGAGAGAAGGGUUAAUGAGAGAGAGAAGUGUUGGAUGCUCCUUGUUUUGGGACUUGUUCUAUUGAAGGACAGGGGUAAGCAGACAUCUAAAUAGGGUAGUGCCAGUUCCCACUGCUCAGUCAUCAGCUUGAUCUUGGCUGUACAGCUACAGUUUGUAUUUAAAUUUCCCUGUUUGGAGAGAAAGGGAAUGUUACAAUAAGCUAAUGUGUAGUGAGAAAAAAAACAAGUAAUCUCCAACUCUAUAUAAAAGCAUUUAAAUUAUGAAGUGUGUUAGCAAGAUGUAGUGCAACCUAUGAGAUAAAUCUGAUAUGCACAGUGUAAAAAUGUAAUUUUUCUCUAACACUUUGAAGAAAUUCUGGAGUAUUUCAUAAUGUGACUUGUGACUUACAAGUUUUAGUUUAACUGAUGUUCUACAUAAGCUUGAGACUUUUUACCCUUAAAGGAUGAAUUUGUAAUAGUUUGCACAGAUGUCAAUUUUUCAGCUGCUAACAGCUAGUCUUUUUUCUUUAGUAAAUGGGGAUAUGAAGAAUUGCCUUAAGCACUUUAGAUUUUUUUUAGACUCUUUUUCUGAGCUAGUAUCUGUCCAGUACCAAUGAUAUUUUGUUGCAGGUGGUGCACUGUUUAUACCUGCAGCUAGAAAGGGAUACAUGCAGCCUGUGAAGUUACUUUUUCCUAGGGGAAUCCGCUUCAGGGGUUGGAAGGGUUGUUCUUUGGCAAUGAAUUUGACCUUUUGAGGGUCUGUGAUUUUGCCCAGUUGUUAACACUAUUUCAUAUUAUACUCCUGGAGCCUCUCUGCUCUGAAGUUGAUCCUGUUUAGUGGCUAGACAGGAGUAAUCUUCUGUAUGACCAAAAGGAGGUGUGUUUUUUUUUUUUUAAACUGAUUACUGGUAGCCUUUCAGAGUUAAAAUAACUUCAGACUAACUUGUAAGGAACAGAAGGCUUCCCUUCAGUUCUUAGUACAUCAGAAAACUGUAGCUUUUAUUGUUUCUGUGGGAAGCUGUAUGAACUGCAGCUAGAGGUGUUAAUUUCAGAAAGGAUGCUUUAAAAGCAUCCUGGCGAUAGGUGCUUCUCCAAAUAUCAAAUAUGGAUGGUAGAGGGUGACAGGUUUAUUUCUUUAGCCAUCCUCUGAGCAGAAAAAGGAGAGGCUAAUGUACAAAUUCUGUUUCCACCCCCCCUCACACUCUCCCGUGUUACUGCUGUUUCCUUCAAAGACAGACUGAGGAAACUUAACAGGUUGCCUCAGGGAGAACAUCUGACUCAGCAAUAUCUUACCCUGAUAAGGAUCACGAGUUAUGAAUGUGAUGCGUAGUUUGACAUACACUGGUAAGAAGUUCUGUUGAUCAUCUCCCCCCUGCCUGAGCCUCGCUAGAAUUCGAGUAUUGUAAAUGCCCUGCUCGAAGGGGAAGCCUGGCUAGGGUUUCCCUCCCGGGGCGAAGGCCCGGUGCUGGGCCCAGCAGGGUGAUGCUCCGUUGCGUGCUGCCCCACCGCCGUCGUCCAGGGUUCUGCACCGCCUACCCACGCCGCUGCACCGCCCGCUGGGGUCUGCCGCGGGGGUGCCCCAUCCUCCCCCGGCCACACCUCAGGUAUUCGCCGCCAGCGCGUCGCCCCUCGCCCCUGCGGGGCGCACCCGAGGACGGGGCCGCCACUGCUCACAGGAAGCGGCGGAGCGGCCUUAGAGCGCGCGCGGUGUUUUCCUGUCUUUGACUUGUGUGUGACGCGAGCUUUUUGUAUUAAUACAGGAAUUUGAAAUCUGA